GUGUCAGCGGGGCGGUGUCUCUGUUAAUGUUGGCGGGAGCUGAGCCGUCCGCCUGGUCUCUGCCCUUCCGCCUGGGCUUGCUGUGCUCCAGGGGCUUGCGGGCAGCGCUCCCCACCUCUGGCCGGCAGGAUGCGGGUGGCUGUGGCCGGCUGCUGCCACGGCGAGCUGGACAAGAUCUAUGAGACGCUGGCGCUGGCGGAGCGGCGCGGCCCGGGGCCGAUAGACCUUCUGCUGUGCUGCGGCGACUUCCAGGCGGUGCGCAACGAGGCGGACCUGCGCUGCAUGGCGGUGCCACCCAAGUACCGCCACAUGCAGACCUUCUACAGGUAUUACUCUGGAGAGAAAAAGGCCCCAGUUCUCACAAUCUUCAUUGGGGGAAACCAUGAAGCCUCAAAUCACUUGCAAGAGUUACCCUAUGGUGGGUGGGUGGCACCAAACAUUUAUUAUUUAGGUAAGUGUUCAUGGGUAAGAUUUUGGUUCAAUGGCAUGGAACAGUCUAAGGUGACUGGAGUAUUUUAAAGAAAAUCCCACUUCUAUAGAAAAGGUCAUUUUGAGUGCCCCCCUUAUAAUUCAGCUACAAUAAGGAGUAUAUAUCAUGUGAGAAACAUUGAAGUGUAUAAAUUAAAGCAGCUAAAGAAGCCUAUGGACAUAUUCUUAUCUCAUGAUUGGCCAAGAAGUAUAUAUCAUUAUGGAAAUAAGAAGCAACUUCUGAAGACUAAAUCUUUCUUCCGACAAGAGGUGGAAAACAACACCUUAGGAAGUCCUGCUGCCUCAGAGCUUUUAGAGCACUUAAAACCUACUUACUGGUUCUCCGCACACCUUCAUGUGAAGUUUGCAGCCUUGAUGCAGCAUCAGGCCACAGAUAAAGAACAGACUGCCAAAGCAACCAAAUUUUUAGCCUUGGACAAAUGCUUACCACACAGAGACUUUCUUCAGGUAAUAGAAAUAGAUCAUGAUUCCAGUGCUCCUGAUUACUUAGAGUAUGAUAUUGAAUGGCUCACCAUUCUCAGGGCUACUAGCAAUCUCAUUAAUGUGACUGGGCGCCUAUGGAAUAUGCCUGAAAAUAAUGGCCUGCAUACAAGGUGGGAUUAUAGUGCAACGGAAGAAGCUAUGAAUGAAGUAUUCGAAAAAUUGAAUCAUGACCUCAAAGUUCCAUGUAACUUUAGCGUGACGGCUGCUUGUUAUGACCCAAGCAAGCCACAGACACAAAUGCAGUUGGUUCAUAGGAUCAAUCCUCAGACUACUGAAUUUUGUGCCAAACUUGGCAUCACAGACAUUAACGUCAGUCUUCAGAAGGCCAAGGAAGAACAUCACUUGUGUGGUGAAUAUGAAGAGCAGGGUGAAGGGGAGAGCAACGACUCUGGAGAAGAUCCUAGUGAAUAUAACACAGACACAUCUGCCCUGUCCUCUGUUAAUCCAGAUGAAAUAAUGUUAGAUGAAGAAGAGGAAGAGGAAGAUGAAGAUAGUUUUGUAAGUACACAUAGUGACAUAACUACAACAUCUGUAGAACCUUCUUCUGAUCAAGCUUCUGACUUUUCUGCAAGCUUCUCUGAUGUCAGGAUCCUGCCAGGUUCCAUGUUUGUUUCUUCUGAUGAUACACUGGGUUCCCCAGUUGUCAGAGAGGGGAACCCUGGUGAGGCUGUGGAGUCGGGAGAUGGGAAGGACUUAACAGAAGUGCCACUGAAGAGGCUGAGUGAUGAACAUGAACCUGGAGAAAGAAAGAAAAUUAAGCGGAGGAAUCAAGCCAUUUAUGCUGCAGUGGAUGAUGAUAGUGCAGCAGAAGACAAUUGACUUGUCUUAGUAUAUAUGUAGAUAUGUGAUUUUUUAAAACCAUAUUUUUAGAGUUGGAUUUUUUACUGAAGACUUCACUUUGUAAUAAUGAACUUACAUAGAGAAUUUUAGUUAGGUAUUAUUGACUUUGCCUUUAGGCCUUUGUAUGUUUCAGAUACAAACAUUAAAAUCUCAUGUAUUUACUUGAUUGAGUACCCUUUUUUUUGAAGCAGAUGUUGCUUUCAUUUAUGCAGCAAAAAUGUAUUGAAUACAUACUUUGUGCCAGGCACUUUUCUGUCAAACGACACUAUAAAGUGAGUGAGACAGGGAUUUUUGCCAUCCAGGAGUUACUAUCACUGUAAAUACUUUGGAGACUAAAAUAUGGCAUAUUUAUAUUUUGUUUUACAAAGUUAAGUCAUUAUUGUAUAUAUGAUUAUGUAUGAGCUUUCUUUUCAUUUAUUAUAUUUUCCCUGCUCAGCUCUUGAUGUCUGUCAAAUAUAAUUGAAAUUGAAGAUGGUGGAUAAGAUUUCAGGAAAUAAAUUGCUUUAAAUACUAAAAUUUGUAAACAUAAAAUUUUACACUGAAUUGCUGAGAUUAAUAUAACUGUUAACUUUUGCAUAUUGUAUUUUAGCUUUAGGCUUGAUUUUAAUGUGACUAUAGUUACUGUAUAUAGGUCACAAUAUAUAGGUCAUUUUGGGCAUGGUUCAGCUUAGUAUUCAUUACUAGCAGGGACUGAGUUGCACAAAUGUUGCCCUUCAUGCUGCGUAAUGGGUUGCUAGCAUUAAAGUAUUUUUAAAGAGC